GCAUCAUUACUCACUCUCUCCGCCCUGCAGUAACCUCAAGUAUCGUUUUUCUUCUUGCAAACGUGAUUAUCAUCAGCCAGCUUUUCCGAUUUCUCUUCUCACACUUUCGAACUGUGGUUAUCUGCUGGCAGUUUGCGUCUUCGCCUCCUCUUUCCAUAUAUCCAUUGAUUCACACGAGACAUGCUAGCAGAAUCCGAAGUACCUCAGCUUAGUAAAUGGGCAUUGCCAUCAGCCUUCUUAGGGUUGCUUGACUUACCACCUGGUCAAGCUAUUGAUCAACUCAUUCCCACUCGGUCACAGCCCCCUUUCACUCAGUCGGCAGAAGUUCCUGGCACCAGCUCCCACCCUUUCAUAGAGGCACUCAAAAAUAUACCCGACACCUUGACCGAGAAAGGUGCGCUGGCUCACAAAACUACAGACUCCCCGCUGGUUGAUUUGUUUUUUGAUCUGGCUCCUGGCAUUGCAUCUGAUCGACUCUACAAGCUUCUCGAGGCGGCGUGGACAGAGGAUUCCUUGGCAACGCUUAAAAUCAUCUUCCAUUCGAGAUCCAUCCACGAGGGGAAAGGUUACAAAGAUGGGUUCUAUCGAGCACUGGCUUGGCUUUGGGACGAGCAUCCGCGUACUUUUAUAGAGAACCUGCAUCUCAUUGUGGAUCACACAUGUCCGCCGCCCAUCAGCGAAAAGAAAGUAUCUAGGAAACGGCAGAAAAGAGAGAAGCAGCAGUUGAAAGAAGGCGAUAUUCUGGAACUUGAUGAUGAGGGGAAUAUUGAUUUGGGAGAAGAAAUUCCAAAUCAAUAUUCCUCGAGGCCUCAUGGAACCUUCAAUGAUCUUCUGGAUCUCCUCAUUUUACAUAUCAAUAACCAACUAAGCACUUCUUUCUCAGGCAAGCUCACCGCUGUGGAUGAAACUUUGGCGCCUAAUAUUUCUGCCGACUUAUUCAAGCAGUCUCGAAUUCAAGGUCGCACGACCUCCAAACGAGAUCGUCAAGGCUUUUUUAAAAUCAUCGUUGAAGCUAAAAAACGCGAGAAAAAGGAUGCUGAUGAUUUUCAGGCGAAGUUGUGGAAGGCCCCAACCUUGUCCGAUAAACAUCAUUUGCUCUCUUCUCGUCUUCAAGACGCUCUCACGAACGACAAGAAGUUUCAAGCCUUGUAUAUCACCGUUCUGAGAAUUUUUCACCGCUAUCUGGAAGAAGAUCUCAAAUUGCUCGUCAAAUACAAUGAGCAAGACUGUUUAGGGGGCGAUCAUGUCAUUGUGGCACCUCAUAUUUCCAACAUGUCUUUUGCAGCCAAAUGGGCACCAACCCCUGGCAAAUCUGCUGAUAAACAGCUUCACAUUGCCACUGCUCUUGCAAUACUAUUUUACCCGGGCGAUGAUGUCAGCUGGGCAAGACAGAAGCUGCAAAAGGAGGUCUUGACACCGCUGAGGAAGGCACUUGCGAUCCCGGAGGUUGCGAUGUCCAACCGAUCUUGGAAGUUCGAUUACAAUAGGGUUCCUUCUAGAUCAAUGGCUCGCAAUGCAGAGGCGUUUAUGGCCCACGACCAACAAGGAUUCACCGCUUACUUGGACCGGGUAUCUCAGGGUCUCGCCACUGUUUCUGGAGCCAGUCUUAUGCCUCAUGAACUGCUAUACAACGCAAUACGAGGCAAAUCCCCGGUUGCCAAGCGACUUGCCGAUUUGCAAUGGUCUACCCUUGUCGACUCUAUCAGAUCAAGCUCUUCCGACGAUAUUUCCAACUGCAUCGCUAUUGCCGAUGUUUCUGGAUCAAUGGGCUCACUGGAUCAGGGUUCACCUCAAAAUCCUCCGCCUCUUUUACCUUGCAUUGCCCUCACUCUUCUUCUCUCGGAACUUGCGUCACCUCCUUGGCAAGGCCGAUUCUUCACGUUUUCCACUGAUCCUGCUUGCGAGUACAUCGACCCUGAUUUACCUCUAGCUGAAAGGGCGUCUCAGCUUUCGAAAGCUCAUUGGGGCAUGUCAACUGAAUUCUACAAGACCUAUGAACUCAUCUUGACUACCGCGAAAAAAAAUGAACUAGCUCCCGAAUACAUGGUCAAGAAGCUUUUCGUCUUCUCAGAUAUGCAGUUCGAUCAAGCAGUGAAAGGCAAAUACGGAGAAACGGAACACGAGACCAUGAAGAGAAGAUUUGAAGAAGCGGGAUACCCGUUGCCAGAAAUGGUUUACUGGAAUCUAGCAUCAAGAGCCGAGGGGACGCCCAAGCCUACUAAGUCUGACGUCGAAGGAGUCACGCUUUUCUCCGGGUUUUCUGGCGCUUUGAUGAAGUUCUUUCUGGGAGAUGGCUUGGCGGACGACGCAUUGGAAAGACAGUUCGAAGAUAUUGAAAUCAGCAAGGAAGGGGAAUCUUGCGUUUCUGAGAAGGAGAGAAAGAAGCCGAAUCCCCUUGAGCAGGUUCAUAGAGCUAUUGGCGGGCAGCAUUUUGCUGGAUUGAAAGUGGUUGACUAAUCGAAAGAUAUUUGUAAAGAAUGAGGAUAUCACUGUAGCGUCGCACAUGUGAGGGAGUUUUCGGGCCGAUGUUGCAACGAGUGCAUUAAAUUCGGAUGAUGGUAGGGUGGGCAUCCACCAUACAACUCAUUAUGUAUUAGUAGAAGAAUUGUUUGUCGUCAUGUUGAUGCUGUUGUUUGUUUGUUGUUGUUGUUU